AAAAGAAAAGCAAAAGCCCAAUCUUAAAUCAAAACUCAAAAAUCGCCCUAAGCCGCCACCUUUUUCAGCUACCGGCGGUUGCUCCUUCUGUCUUUGCCUUUCUCCAUUGUUUCUCCAUAGCUGCUAUCCUGAUAUGGGAUCCUUGAAUAUUAGAGAUGUCUUGACAGCAUUUAGUCCUUCUUUGGACUAUUUUGCUAUUAGUUCUGGAGAUGGUCGUAUUAAGAUUUGGGACACUUUGAAGGGUCAAAUUCAAACUGAAUUUGCAGACAUUAUAUCAAGUGAGGCAACAAACAUAUAUGCUAAGGCAGAAAGAGGGCAUCUUUCAAUUGAUUACAAAUGUAUGAAAUGGUUGUCUUUUGACAAAAAGAAGAAAAGGAAACUUGGAAGUGCUUUGCUCAUAUUGGGAACAGGAAGUGGUGAUGUCUUAGCACUCGAUGUGUCUGCUGGUCAGCUGAAGUGGAAAGUUAGUGAUUGCCAUCCUGGGGGUGUCAGUGCCAUUGCAUUUGCUACAAAUGGCUCUUGCAUUUAUAGUUCUGGGGCUGAUGGGAUGAUUUGCAAAAUCGAUUCAUUGACUGGAAAUCUAUUAGGGAAGUUCAGAGCUUCUACAAAGUCAAUAUCCUGUAUGGCUGUCUCAUGCGAUGGAAAGACGUUAGUCACGGCAGCUGGGCAGUUGAAGUCUUUUGAUUGUUCUAAUCACAAAAAGAUACAGAAGUUUACUGGACAUCCUGGAUCUGUUCGGUGCAUGAUAUUUACCGAAGAUGGAAAAUUUAUCCUAUCAUCUGCUGCUGCUGAAAGAUAUAUUGCUGUAUGGAGAACAGAUGGAGGCAAAAAGCAGUCUGCUAGUUGUGUUUUAGCAAUGGAGCACCCUGCUGUCUUUGUAGAUAGCAAAUGUGUUAAUGGUGAUAUCUAUGUUCUUGCGAUUUCGGAAACUGGUGUUUGUUAUUUUUGGUAUGGUCAGGAUGUUGAGGCACUGUGCAAUGCCAAGCCCACGAAGCUUUCAAUAUCUUUGGGAGAUGGUUUAUCUAAAUCUCACAAAGGUGCAUUACCUAUGAUAUUCGCUGCAAAAUUGCAAGGCGUUGCCAAGCAAGCAUCUGUGCAUGCAUUUCUUGCCCAUGGUUUGUUGGUAAAGCCAUUGUUUCAGAAAAUGGUCGUGCAGUAUGGUGCAGACAUGUUAUUGAGUAGCUCUCAGGAUGGAGUCCUUUUGCCAAGGAGUCAAUCCCUUAACAAAUCAAAGAAAGGGCUCGAUUCACAGAAUAGAGUAAUUGCAUUGGAUCGUGCAAAUGCUGAGGAUGCCUCACUUCCAAUCCCAAAGAUUUUUUAUCUUCUCGAGGAAAGAGAGGAUAGACAUAGAAGUUUGAGUGUUGGUACUGACAAUGUGAUGACUGAUUCCAUUGACCAUGGGAGCCAACAAAAAUUUGUGGAUGGAAAAGAUGCUUCAAUAAAAUUAGAAGCCGAUUCAAAAGCACUUUGCAUGGAGGAUCAGUUAAGAUCACUUGGAAUACUUGAUACAUGUAACUCUGAUUCUAUCGUCUUUGAUGGUAUUAAUCUUGAAGCUAAUUUGCCACCAAAGAAGAUGAGAGCAGCUAUUUCUUCUAUGGAGCCUGGUGACGCUCAUAAGUUGCUUGAAGACUUGGUGAAAUUGUGGCAAUCAAGGUCAAGUAGUGGAAAUUAUGUUCUUCCGUGGAUAUAUAGUUUAUUACUGACUCACGGUCAUCUUAUGUCUCAAGAAUCCGAAACCCAGAUGCUUAAUUCCUUAUUGAAGAAUACCAAAUCGAGAGGAUUGGCCCUUCAGCCUUUGCUACAAUUAUCUGGGCGGUUACAGCUAGUAACAACACAGAUUGACAAGGCGGCUCAGAACAGAAGUCAACACUCCACAAGUGAUCACAAAAUGGAUGAAAGUGAAGAUGAUGAUGAUGACGAUGUAGAUGAUGUUCUUUAUGGGGAAGAAGAUGAAUCCCAAAUAAGUAGUGAUGAUGAUAAUUAACUGCCUUCAGUGCAAGAGAUCCAAAGUUGGAGAAUUGUGUGUUUUCAACAGAAGAGAGGCAUUGUCCAAAUUAUUUUGUGCUGCUGCUUACUCAUAAGAUGUUUACAUGGUCUAGUUUUUCAUAUUUGUCCACAAUUUUGUCCGUCCCAUUUGUUUACCAUGUUACCCACGCUUGGGGUGAGUGUUGGAUACCGAUGCAGAUAUUUUACUUUUUUUAAAGCUUUUGAAAGAUGAUUACUUUAAACUUGGAUACCCAACUUGAGUUCGAAUCUAUAUGUUUAAAUCCUGAAUCUUGAUUCCAUAAAAA